GUCAAGUUUUGAACUUUCGGCGAAGGCUCCGGCAGCGCCGGGCAGGGACCCGGAGUAAAAGCUAAACUCAAACUCAGAUGCACAGCUCUGAUGGUUCCUCGGGAACUAGGUCGGGCCUCAGAACUGUCCUAGCUUCCCCGUGAGGAAGUUCCUAGCUGAAGGCGGGGGCAGCGUUUAAAAGGCUUUGUGGGUCUGAGUCCCUACCUGUCCACGUCCCAGGAUGGUCUGACUUAGCUCAGCUCCCUACAAAGUGCCCGGCGGUGGGAAAAUCAUGAGGCAGAACGUGAGGGCCGUACGCCCACUUCGUUCUCUUUUCCUCCUGGGAAUUUACAACGGCCCCUUGCUCACUGACUCCGUAGACCUCGAUUGAGGGCGUACCCGGAAGUGCCCCGACCUAAUCAGACUGGGCAGCGCCGCGCUUCACCAUGGCGACGGCCGGGGUCCGGCGCCGCUUCUGCCGCUGCGCUUGCUUCUGCACAGAGAACCUAUACGUGGCGCGCUAUGGCCUGCACCUCCACUUCCUAGAUGAGCAGCAGCUGCGCCAAGACUACGGCCCUGAGGGUAACGGGAGGCUCGGAGCCAUCACGGGAUUGCCCACGGCCACAGUCACACUGUCCGUCUGCUCCCAGAUCCUGCGCAGCCGAGGCUGUGUCAGCAGCGAGGACUUCCAGCAGCUAGUAGAGGAGCUUGAGCAGGAGGUGGCGCGGAGGCGCCGGCUGGGACAGGAGUCAGCUGCCAGGAAAGCCCUCAUCGCGAGCUCCUACCGCCCGGCCCGGCCUGAUGUCUACAGUGCACUGCAGGAGGCAGCUCUGGCCCCCGAGUUUCUGGCCGCAGCUAAGUACAGUGCGUCCCUGGGUGCUGACCUUGCAGGUCUCCUUCAGCGGCUGGAGACGAUCUCAGAGGAGAAGCGCAUCUACCGCGUGCCCGUGUUCACGGCGCCCUUCUGCCAGGCCCUGCUGGAGGAGCUGGAGCACUUCGAGCAGUCAGACAUGCCCAAGGGAAGGCCCAACACCAUGAACAACUACGGGGUGCUGCUGCAUGAGCUGGGUCUGGAUGAGCCUCUGGUGACGCCCCUGCGGGAGCACUUCCUGCGGCCCCUGAUGGCCCUGCUGUACCCGGACUGCGGCGGGCCCUGUCUGGACAGCCACCGUGCCUUUGUGGUCAAAUAUGCGCCGGGCCAGGACCAGGCUCUGGGCUGCCACUAUGAUAACUCGGAGCUCACCCUCAAUGUGGCCCUGGGCAAGACCUUCACGGGUGGAGCCCUGUACUUCGGGGGCCUUUUCCAGGCACCUGCAGCCCUGGCGCGGCCCCUGGAGGUGAAGCACGUGGUGGGCCAGGGUGUCCUGCACCGGGGUGGCCAGCUGCAUGGGGCCAGGGCCCUGGGCACUGGUGAGCGCUGGAACCUGGUCAUCUGGCUCCGGGCCUCUGCUGUGCGCAACCGCCUCUGCCCCAUGUGCUGCAGGGAACCGGACCUGGUGGACGAUGAGGGCUUUGGUGACGGCUUCACCCGGGAGGAGCCCCCCACAGUGGAUGUCUGUGUGCUCACCUGAGUGGUUUGGCUGGCAGUGUGAGGGUCAGGAAAGCAGAAUAAAUUCCCCGUGGCCAAGGCCCUUGGGUCGGCUGGAUGCUCCGGCUUCUGGGUCAUUCUAUGGCAGACAGGCUGGCUCAGCACAGAUGCGCUGGGAGCAGAGCUAGUGUGGGCUUCACAGAGGGGACUGGAGAGGUGGGAGUCCUUUCACCCAGAGAGGGGGUAGGGGUCUGUGUGUGCCCUGGGCGCUGUGGUGCAGAUCCAAGGAGUGAGAGUUUAUAAAGUGCUUUGUAAGAGCCUUCCUUUUGCUGCUGUCAUUCCUGGGGGUGUAGGGUAGCACUGGCUUCAAAACUGGAUGAGGCACAGGCAGCCUUUGCUGGGGUUACACAUUGGAGACCAAGGCGUUUCCACUUUGACAUCUCGGGUUCCAGCUUCUUCAA